AUGUCGGCAGCCGUGAUCGGACAGCUGUUGUCGGCAUGCGCCGGUGCUUACUCGGCGGCUUCGUCGGCUGUCUGGUGGGCCGCGUCCUUGCCGCCGACGUGCAGGGAAAGCAUGGCUCACGCAGCCCUUACUUGCAGCGGAGCGACGCCCCGGUACUUCACCCCGGGCUUUGGGCCUCUUGCUCUCGGGUGGGGUUGGCUGGUCGUGGGCGUGCUCAUCGGCCUUCUUUCCCGGCGAGCUGUGAGUGCGGUCGUCGCGCUAGCGGGCGGUCGCCCAUCGCCACACACCCCGUCAAACUGGGAGGCCCUGAUGUGCGAGCUUGCGGCCCGCACCCAGGACCCGCACCGGCACGAGGUGUUGCAGUACAUACUGCAAGGCGGCGAGACGGCGUUGGACGAACUCUCGCAGGCAUCAUGGUCGCACGUCGGCCUCUUUGCUGGCUCACCUUCUCGCCGACGAUGCGGUCGCCGAUGGUGCGGCCCAGCGACCCGCGCGCCGACGCACGACCGGGCGGCACCAGCGUCCACAAAGCUGACGCCUCACCCCUGCCAUGGCAGGCGAGUUGGGGAAUCUGCCCACCCGGGCCCGCCAUGCAGCGCUGCCUUGCUCCCCAGUACCCGCCCGGCCGCACUGCGCGACCGCCAAGCGGACCUCGAUGCUGCCGAGACCCUGUCGGACUUGUUGAGCACGAUCACCCCUUUCGCGUCACCACGUGGAGAGGCUCCAGAUGCGCUCACGGGCGCGAUGGCACCAGACGCAGCAGGAGAGGCGACACGGGGCUUCACGCCGCCAUCAACACCGCCGGUGACGGAUCAGGGCGGAGCAUGCACCGGCUACGAUGCUCGGCAGGUCGUGCCUCCUGCCAGCGGCGUCGCGCCACUACCAUGGCAGGAUGUUCGCCCGGCGAGCGCAGCACCAGGCGAGACGUGUUCGUGGCUUUUCGUACCACUGCUCCACGCCGGUGCCGGCGCAAUGACACCGGCAGCUACGCAGGCUUGGCAAUCCCACCCCCGCAUCGGCACGCGCUUCGCUGAGCUGGCGGGAGCGUUACGGAGAGCGGCCCCCGCACUGCCAUCCACCAUCCUCCGUUUCUUGCACGCCGAGCUAGCCUGCAUCGACCGCGACCCGGCUCACGGAGCGGCCGCGGCCGACGUUGCGUCGGCUGAAGCGCUGACCGCUAUGCCGCCGGCGCCUGUGCCACUACCAAGCGCACUCGCCCUCUGCAUGAAUGCACAAGGUUACGUCCCCGCUGCAGCACAAGUGGCCCUUCUCCAGACGUACGGGGGGGUCGCAAUCGCUUCGGCAGCUCAAUCUUUGGCAGAGGACGUGCGGCGUGCUUGCCCCGACGACGAUGCGCGUCCGCCCCCCAGACGUUCCAGACGGGGACGCCGCGCUCGUUCCACACGCGACCGUCCCCGCGAGCCACGGCCCGCUGACGCCGAGCCGGCGAAUGACGUUAUGACGACUGCCAAUCGGUCCCAGUCUGCCCGGGCCGAGUUGCCGAGGCCGACGCCAAGGCGUGGAGGGCUUUGGAUGGCGUCGACCUCGUUGACGAACUGCGCCACCCAGCUCCAACGCUGCAAGAUACGCCUCCUUUCAUGCGUGCAGCGGUGCGGGGAGCACUCGUGCAGGCACUCCGACGCCUACGCGCUGCCAGCAUCGACCCCGACGGCACAGAUGCUGCCAGGGCGUGGAAGCUGUUCCUCCUCGCACCCCGCAUGCUGCUUGCGCGCACCGAGCAACAAGGCUCGCAGGGUCGUGCCGAGUUGCUGGGACGGGCCGCAGCAUUUCAGCAAGGGGAGUGGCUCCAGCUGA